GGGUGAUGGGUGACAGAAACGUGUUGAACGGCUGAUAGAUAGUUGUUACAUGUAAUCACUGGUUGUUGUUGACGUUAUAAGUGUCUUUGGGGAUUUUUUAAUAAAUAUCAAACUGGAUAAGACGAAGAAUCCAUUGAAAUUCAUCAUGAAACCGCAAUUAGGGGAAUCUAAACCGAAUUCCGGUAACUCCGGAGAGGCUGAUGAAUGUUUGUUCGAGUAUUUACAUGCAGAAAUUGUCAACUAUGUCACGAGUACCAGUACAACUGCUAAGGAUGGUGAAGAAGACUUAUCUAAGUUGGAGUGGAUGGGCUUCGGUGUUGGAUAUCGAGUGAUAGAACGAUUAACCAGAGAGUGGACACGAUUCAAGGACGAGCUCGACAUGAUCAAGUUCAUCUGCACUGAUUUUUGGUCUAGUCUUUACCAAAAACAAAUCGAUAACUUGAAGACUAAUCAUCAUGGAACGUAUAUGCUGCAGGACAAUGCAUUUCGUUUAUUAGUACACAUCGGUACCAAAGACAGUAAACAGUAUUUACGUGAGUGCCCGAAACUAUUGGCUUUUACCUGUGGACUAUUGAGGGGAAGUCUUGCGAAUCUAGGAAUUAUCAGUGUUGUUAAAGCAGAGAUAUCUUCCUUACCUAGCUGCAAGUUCCAUAUCGAGGUCCAGAGAGUUUAAUUAAUUUUUAUUGAAAAUGUAAAACGCGCAACACUGAUGUGACCUUCGGGGCUAUUCCACGCAGCUUCAGUCGGUGUACGAACAAUCUCAGCACCCAAUACUUGAAGAGUAUAAAGUUUUUCGUUGGACAUCUUUUGAGGCAUCACUAUUAUGCAUCUGUAUCCCUUG